CCGUUCUUAAUUUUUUUUUCCCGCUGUCGAAAUAAAACGUGGUUCUCUUUGUUAUCGCACCCACCAUUCCAUAACACGCCCAUUUGCAUGAAUCAAAAUGUCAAGCAUUGCUGAUCUCACGAAUCCUGUGCCUACUACGGCCUCCCCGCACGUUGACCCUGCGAUCUUUACGUCCCUCCAGAGCAAAAUCGACGAAGAGAGUGCCAUCCGAGAUGAAUUGAAAGCGUUUGUUGAGACGCUCCAGAAGCAAGGCCGACUCACACAAUCCAUCCUCUCCCGAAUUCACAACACUCCUACAGCAGAACUUGAAAACACUGUUCUCAAGCCAGCGUUCGAAGCUUUGGAACAACAAGCCCAAACCGUCAAACAGCUGAGCGAAGCAGCCUCAAAAUACCCCUUCUACCGGUGGAAUUCCAUCUGGCAACGCGAUAUUCAAGCCGUCAUUACUAGCAUUCAGAUCGCCGAUUGGUUGAAGAGUGGAACACUGGCCACCAUUGAAGAAAUCGGACAGCGUCUUACAGUUCCCGUCAAUCUAAAGUCAGAGGAUGCCUUCCACAUCACCAUCGAAGAUUACCUCCUUGCCUUGACAAACACAUUAGAAGAGCUCGCCCGCCUCGCUCCCAACGCAGUUACUCUCGGUGACUACUCACGGCCGCUUCAGAUCUCCAAGUUCAUCAAAGAUAUCCACGCAGGGUUUCAACUGUUGAAUCUCAAAAAUGAUGCUCUCCGUCGUCGGUCCGACGCAGUGAAAUACCAAGUGAAAAAGGUGGAAGAUGUCGUCUAUGAUCUGAGCCUUCGAGGAUUGAUACCAAAGUCUUGAGAAAGAGAACUACUAUGGUCUACGCUGACUUAGGCUACGACUGGUCAUGAUAAUUGAAUCGAGGGUUCAUCAAAUAUGAUUGAGGCUACAUACCCACGCAAGAUGAUAUCGAGGGGUGGCCAUCAGGAUGAGGACAUGAAAAUAUGUGUUAGAAUUGACUUGAAUGCAGGCCAGGUGAUUAUGGUGCAGUUGGCUUCUUGAACUCGUCUCCGUCAACUCUGACGGAGCUUUCAGCAGUGGCAGGCCCUCUCAGACCCUCACUACUAUGGGUACCCAGCUUGACAUUGACUCCCCCACUACCGACAUUGACAGUACGCUGAUCAGCAGAUUGCAAAUCGGCGCUUGCACCGCCCACGGGCUGUUCUGGCAGGGGCAGGUUGGCCUUGACUCUGUCAAUCUGUUCUUGUUUGGAUUCUUGUUCGGAGAGGAGUUGCUACAGUGAGAGAAGACACGGUUAGCUAUACGCUACCAGGCGGAAAAUGAGAAACUGGGCGCCUUACCUUCAGUGCGGAUACAUCAGAAUCUUUUGGGGUCUUCCCAUCAUGAUAUUUUGAUUCUUGUGCUUCAAGUGUGCGGACGUCCUCGCUGGUGACGCCAAAAGUUUUGUCGGACAUGAUUGAUGGAUGGUGGGAUGACGGGAAGGACUGUAGUUGAUGUGUGUAAUUAGAGUCGAUCUGGUAAAAUCUGUGCUAGCGAUAUGUGUCGUAAAUUUAUUCGAUGAUACAGAAGGUGCGAGAAUGGAUUAUAUUCG